AGCACCUCACGACUACCAUCAGUUUGGCCAUCCUCCAACCCGACUCACCCGCUCGCCCGCCCGCUCGUUCGGGUCUGCGCCAUUGAUCUCCUGCCAGCGCAUCCCAGACGCUCUACCCAGUGACGAGCCGCACGCCUGUUCGAGCUUGCCUUACGCCACCUGCGCCGUCUGCAGCGACCGUGAUAUCCCUGCGACCCGUCACCCCUCAAAACCCGCGGGACCUGCAUACUCAGUGAUGGCAGCAUCUGGCUCCUGCUGACUGUCCACCUCCGCACGCCUUUUCCCCCACCAAUCGACAAGCCCAGCUCGCUUGGCCAUCGCUCACCUCGACCCAACGACCGAGCCCAACGCGCGCGCCCGUUCUCCAUCUGCUCGUUGCGACCGUAGAGGCUGUUGAUCGUGCUGACGCAUCGACCACCCCGGGUCCAGCCCAAGUGUCUUUAUCCAUCGCGCCCGCGCUUGAGCUCCCAGCUCUCCAUUUGCGCUUUCAUGACAGAGCCGGCCGAAGCAGAAGUCCAGGCCACCGCGAAUUUGUCUCCAGUAUCGCCUGCGCCGGUCCACACAGCUACCCCCCUCGUGGUGCCUGCGCUGCAGGACACCGUCGACACCAUCGACGCCAUGGUCGCUGCCGCGGCGACGCUCGCCGAGCCAAACGGCGUGGCCAACGACGCGCCUCCCGUCGAGCCGGCCGUUUUCGGUGACACUGCCCUCGGCGGCGAUGGCCCUGCCGAUGUAGUAGAUAAUGACAGCUUCAACGACCCGUACGGCGACGACACCAACAACGCCGCUCCCGAAGCCACCGUACCACCGCCACAGGCAGAGGUCGUUGACAAUGACGACUAUGCCAAGACGUUCGACUCUCCCAUCGAACCGGAGGAAGGGGACGGACAAGACACCGAACAAGAUGUAUCAGAGCAGCUGGCAGAAUCCAACGUUGUGUCGGCUUCGCCGUCCGAUCACUUGACCGCCGACCACGCAUCAGAACCUGUCCAUGACGCCGUUGCGCAUGUCCCAGCUGGCCCGGCUGCCCAAGACUCCCCCGCUCCAACAGCGGAUGAGCAGGCGGCGUCUCUAUCCGGAGCACAGUCGGAUCCUGCCGCCGGCACGUUCGGUCUCACACAGCCGUCGGUCGGUACCCAGGAGCAGGCCGGCACCUCGUCCGUGGCCCCGUCCGACGUCCCAGCGCAGCAUGACCCCACAACUUCGGAGACGCAAGAUCCCGGAGUUGACAUCCAACAGCUCAUGGCUGAUCUGACAUCUCCUCCAACUGCGCCCAGCGCCGAUGCGGCCUCGGUGAUGCCGCCUGCAGGUGGCGUUGAGGCCGACCAGUCCGCGAGCCUUGCCCCCUUGACCCCGUCCACUGCCUUGCCCUCGUCUUCUACUCUUCCACCGAGACCACCUAUGCCGCUUCCGACACCGCAGUCCUAUGGAGCCCAGCACCAAGCCCAUCCAUCCACUCCGAGCGGCACCGCCGUGCCGUCUGUUCCCUCUCAGCCUUUGUCCCAUGCCACUGGCCCACCAGGAUCGUCCUCCGAUGGCCCAGUCGGUCUUCCAGCCCCUCCGGCCGGGGCCGUGAGUACCCCAUCUUUCCAUGCUCAGGCCGCUCUCGGGCAACCAGGAGACGGCCGACAAGAGGACGACUAUCAACGACAGUGGGACCAGUUCAUGGCCGACGAGCGCCAGUAUAUGUCAGAGGCCAAAUGGGACCGCUUCCCGGAGGGAUCCCGUAUCUUCAUUGGAAACCUGUCCAGUGACAAGGUCUCCAAGCGAGACGUGUUUGACGUGUUCCAUAGAUUCGGCAGGCUUGCUCAGAUCUCUUUGAAGUCCGCUUACGGGUUCGUCCAGUACCACACUGUGGAUGAAGGGCACCAGGCGAUGGAGCAUUUGCAGGGCAUCGAGAUCAAGGGACGCCGCAUUCACCUCGAGAUAUCCCGGGCUCAAGAAAAGUCGAAGAAGGAACGAAAUCGCAGCCCAGACCGAGGUAGGGGGCGUCGAGGCGAUAAGCGAAAUCAAAAUCGCGACGACUAUCGACCGGGACGCAACCAAUCUCCGCGCCGCGGCGACUACCAUGCACGAGAGGAGGGCUACGGUCGAGACGCUGGGUCCUACGAGUCAGGGCGAGGGGGACGCGGUCGCUCGCGCUCUCCAGGAUACGUGCGAAACGAUCGCGACUCGUACCGAAGGCGCAGCCCCAGCCCAUAUGGUCGGUCUCGACGUGAGCCCGAGCUCGAUUUGCCUCGGAGAUACGGCGCCGAUGUCCCCGACGUGCAGAUCAUCAUGCAGCCAGACGUCAGCCGUGACUUUGCGACCUGGGUAGAGGGUGGCUUCAGAGCCAAGGGCCUCAAGACAGAGGUAAUGUAUCUACAUCCGCGGUUCCCCAAAGACCAGGUCAUUCAGCGGCAAGCCGCAGAAGGUGUACACGGCGUCGUGGACUUGGACAUGCGCGCGCAAAGCCUCGGGCGGAUCCCGGUCCAGGCCUUUGACCGGUCCGGCGGGGGCAACAACAUUCGAUUCGACCAAUACGUCGACCUAGACCCCGGUACAGCCGCCGAGGUGAUUGCACGGGCCAAGUCGUCCGCGGCCCCGAGCUACGGGCAGGCCUAUGGCGCACCGCCCGGGUACGGGAACCCGAAUCCGUACGCACCGCCGCACCAGCACCCGGCACACGGCGGUGGCUAUCCCGCCCCGCAACAUGCCAGCCCCUAUCCACCACAACAGCCGGGCCAGCCUGGCGCACCAGAUAUUGCCAGCUUGGUAGGGCAGGUCGACAAUGCCACAUUGCAGCGGCUGCUGUCGUCGAUGCAAGGAGGACAAGGGCCCGCCCCGGGGGCCCCGGCAGGCUACGGAGUCAACCCGCCCGGGCCGCCGGCCAACCAGCAGGUCGAUAUACAGGCCAUCUUGGGCAGUCUUGGUGGCCAGGCUUCCGCGCAAUCCGCUCCGCCUCAAGGGCAGUACGGAGCCGCGUAUGGGACUCCGGCACCAGGCGCGCACAAUGGCGCCAGCGCAAACGACCCGGCGGCCCAGGCGCAGGUGCAGAACAUCAUGGCUCAGCUGGCGAGAUAUCGACAGUGAUGCAGUUGCUGGGAUACGCCUUGCCCACUAUUCGUAUGUAUGGCCGAGAGCGGCCCAUGACAAGUAUUCGGUAAGAUUGUCGAGCUGGCGUCGGGAGAAACAUGGUAUCUUUGCUGGUAAAUGCGUCUCAGACACGUGCAAGCUGACGGCAUGGCACUCUCCCCGCUUACUUUGCUAUACUGCCUCGAUAGAUAGACUAUCAAAUUUAUAACGCUGCAGACGCGCACAACAUGAAGAUUUGCAGUGUGACUGACGCUUAC